CGAGAUGAUAAACGAGAUUUAAAUUUCUGGCGCUGUUUUUCAAAAAUUUCCUCCAUUUCUUUGAAAAUAUGCUUCCAGUUUCAUCCAUACAGAUACGAUAACAUAAAUAAGAUUCAAGAUGGCAGUUGCUGGGCCAAGACUAGAGAAAGCCAUUAGAGUUGUCACUGAUCCUGCGACAGAGAAGACUUUACGUAAAAAUGUUCACCUGCAGAUGGCAUUAGAUACCCUUGAAGAAAACGGGAGAGAAAAUGGAUUCUCAUCAGAUCAAAUUGAUGUUCUGAUUGAUGUUGCUUGUGGAGCUAAAUAUGCUGAGACUGUAUGUAUGAGAGUUCUGAAAAGUCUAAUACCAAAAGAAGAUGUUUCAGCAUUCACCGUCAUAAAAGCUGUAUCAUGGAUCAACUGUUUACAUAAAGGUCCACCACUUACCAGAAAAGUGUUCAUUAUAAGAUGGCUUUUGUUGGUGUAUGAUCUUGUGGACAAUCAGGACCAAGUACAUCUACUUUACAAUAUGCUCUUCCCAAUGAUAGAAUAUGUACCUCUGUGUCCAUUUCUGUGCCACCUCCUGUACAAGAUGACAAGAGAAGAUGAUGUCGUCAUACACAGAGUACAGAAACUAAACACCCUUAUCAAAGAAAUGGGGGACCAGUCCCAUCUACUAGGACUACUGUCAGUGUACAAGUCAUUCAAGCCACAUCUUGUGUCUGUGCCCAUUCCAAGGUCAAGGAAGGCAUUCUUUAAGAAAGUGGAUCGUGAUUGGGCAGAGCGCAUUAAGACAAUUCAACAGCGAACAAGACCAGAUCACACUGGGGCCGAUGAUAUGACAUUACAAUUUCAAAUGACUGAUACAGAACCCACUGGGCCACGAACCAAAAGGCGGAAACUUGUCCCAGAAAUUGAGUCACAGACUGUAAAUGCUCCUGCGAAACCUUUAGAGGGAAUGCUUGAACCCAAACCUUUUGAGCAAAUAAAAACUGUUGAUGACCUCAUUGGUAACAUUGAGAGAAUAGAGUUGCCAUGCCAAAUUGCUGGGGUUCUUGACAACCAUCUGCUGCAGUUUUAUGUUGGUUACCUUAGUGAUAGGUCAGCUGACCACAGGCUUUCAUUCUGGUUGGCUAAUACAUUAACUGAGGAAUUCCUUUCACGGCCUGCCAAUGAAAAUCUCCAUGAAAAGAUACGCCUCCUAAGAAGAAUCCUGGUAUUUGAGGACAAAAUCAAAGAAGGUAUCCCGGUUGUUGAAAGGUUCAUACACAGAUAUCUGCUGCAGUGGAAUGGGGACGACUUUAGGGAAUGCAUUCUAGGUCUGCUUACCAGGUUGCGCAUUCAACCAUUUGAAGUGCUAAAUGAGCAGGUGUUCGAGCCUCUGAGGCAGAUAUUCUUCAGAUCAAGUGUAUAUUUUAAGUGUCAGGUCCUGGUUGUGUACAAAGAACUACUGCGUAACUUUGCCGCCCAUGAAGGUCGAAGACAUACAAGUACGAAAAAGCUGAGUGAACAAAUGAAUUCAAAUCCAUACUUGACCAGUAAUGAGAGCGUGUUCCUCUAUGAGACACCAGUGGAGGAUUUUGAACCCCUUACUACUAUUCUAGAGUUUGUUGAACAUGUAUCAGAGAUUAGUGUUGUCGCGUUGCAACUUGAAGGAAAUCAUCCCGAUCUUGUGAAUCACACCCUCAUGUUUUUUGAAACUGCUAGCACUCUUCAAGACAACUAUGAUAUCCCGCUUAUGUUAUUCCCGAGCCCAAGUAUAUGUAACGCUUGCCUGUUUUCCUUUGAUGCUUCUAUCUUCGUACGAAUCUUGGAUAUAAUAUUAAGAUGCGGCGCUGCAGUCCGUAAACUGAAGAAGGCAAGGAGCACAUCAGAUCUCGAUGACUCUGUAGCUGCUGCCAUCAUGCAGAGUAUAAGUCAGGAGAAAAUCCAAUCCAUGAAUGCCCACAUUACAGAUGUCGUUCACGCCAUGUGGAAGAACAACAUUUUCUUCAGCCAAUCAGCUCCCUCCCUUUUCACAUUGGACAAACCAACACUGAUGAAAUUAACGGGGACAUCAAUUGAGGCUGAUGUAUUUGCACUGCCCCAUCACCCAGCCUUGGUUGGUUAUGCCAACAGAAUUGUGAAAAAUAUGAGGAGCAGACAUCAAAGUGGAGACACCACAGAUAUCUGGGUUGAGAGGAAGGAUGAGUUCUUGAACUAUUUAGAAAAACAUAAACUUUCCCAAGUGAAACAUUUUUUCAACCAGUUCAUAAGAGGCAGGGCAGAGUCUUCUAAAUAAAAAUAUCACCCCUUUAUCAGAAUGUAGACCUGACCAUUCUGUCAUUAUGGAUCAGUCUAUUUAUGAGGCAGACAGUACAAAAGGGGACUGAGGUUAUGUGUUCUGAAUCCACAACUUGUCAGUUUUAGGCAGAACAGUCUGAGUGAAAUAUUACCCCUCAAUAUGACAAUAGACUCAACUAUUCUGUCAUUUUGGAUCAGUCCAUUUGUGAAACACACAUUGCAAGAGGGGAGUA